UUCGCACUAGCGUUCAUAAAUAAAUGAGCAUAUAUACAUGACAAAGGGCCAAGAGAAGCUCAGAUGAGGGGAGAGCUACAGAGUGCAAUGUAGGAGAUUUCGCCGGAGAAGACGUUCGAUUCGAGGAUGGAGAAGGGACGCCCCCACGGCUUCUGCUCCUUGGUGCUCGACCGCACAGCCGGCCCCGGCGACUCCCGUUCGUGGGCGCCGUUUCGCAGCGCCUCGCUCCGCCGGAUGAUCUUCGAUGCCAUGCGCUGCGGCGGCUCGGCCCUCCGGCAUGACGGACGAGCUGACGCCAAGGCCAAGGAGAACGAUCAGAAGCAGAGAUCGGGGUCUGUCGAGAAGAAGAACGGGGGAUCCGAGAAGUUGUCGGAGAUAUUGAAGCUGUCGGGGACGACGUGCGCCGGCGUCGGUGAGUCGGCAGAGGAGGAGGCGAAGAGGAAGGCGGACAAGUUGCAGGAGUUGAAGAGAGUGGUGGAGAAAUUGCAAAGCGACGACGUUCUGGGCGGCGCCAUGGAUGUGAGGAGGCUGACAAAGGAGAACUCGGAGGCCAGAACCACACUUGCAUUGCUCGGAGCAAUUCCACCUCUCGUCUCAUUGCUCGAUUCUGAAGAUCUGCAUUGCCAGAUCGCCUCCCUUUAUGCGCUUCUCAACCUUGGAAUUGCCAAUGAAGCAAACAAAGCUGCCAUUGUCAAAGCAGGAGCUGUUCAUAAGAUGCUAAAGCUCAUUGAAUCUCUGAACAUGUCUUCAAACUCAGCUGUUUCUGAAGCAAUCAUUGCAAAUUUUCUUGGCUUGAGUGCUCUGGACUCUAAUAAACUGAUUAUUGGUUCUUCUGGUGCAAUCCCAUUCCUAGUGAACACCUUGAAAGAUUUGGAUAUAACAAGUAGUGCUCAAACUAAGCAGGACUCUCUGCGAGCACUAUAUAAUCUUUCCAUAUCACCAUUAAAUGUACCAUUGAUAUUGGAAACUGAUUUAUUACCAUUUCUUUUGAGUACAUUGGGAGACAUGGAAGUAAGUGAAAGAAUUCUCUCAAUUCUGAGCAACAUUGUAUCAACAGCAGAAGGUCGAAAAGGGGUCAGCAUCGUGCCUGAUGCAUUCCCAGUUCUUGUAGAUGUGUUGAGUUGGACUGAUUCACCAGGUUGUCAAGAGAAAGCAUCUUAUAUUCUAAUGGUUAUGGCACACAAAUGCUAUGGAGAUAGGCAAGUGAUGAUUGAGGCUGGAAUAGUUUCGUCACUACUUGAGUUAACACUUUUGGGCACCACAUUGGCACAGAAAAGGGCUUCAAGGAUCUUGGAAUGUUUGCAAGUAAAAAAGGGGAAGCAAGUUUUGGAAAGCUUUGGGGGUGGUUUAGGUGCUGCUGUGUCUGCUCCUAUAUGUGGGACUUCUUCAUCAUCUGCAGACCCAAAUCUUCAGUCUAAUGAUUGUUUAGAGGAGGAAGAAAGCACGAUGGGCGAAGAGAGAAAAGCAGUCAAGCAAUUAGUCCAACAGAGCUUGCAGAACAACAUGAAAAGGAUUGUGAAGAGGGCCAACUUGCCACCGGAGUUUGUUCCAUCCAAUCAUUUGAAGUCCCUCACAUCCAGUUCAACUUCAAAGAGCUUGCCAUUUUGAGAAGAUUGAACAUAUUCAGAAAUUAAUCUCCUCUGCAUCACCUAAUGCUUGUGUCGCUGUGGGUUUAUUGUAGAACCAAUAUGGUUAGUAUUUGUGAAAAGUUAUGAGAUCCAUCUGCUGUUGUUCAAAUAUUUGUAAAUCCUGCCGUCUUAACGUGAUCCCUUUUGGUUGCAAAUGUUGAGUGCUUCAUUAUGUUUUCUUGUCACAUCCUUUCUAUUAAGCACAUUCAAUGUACAGUUAGUACAGCUCACUGCAUCAGCAAGUGCCAGAACCCAUCCAGUCCCCAGAACUUUCUAC